AUGCCCAGCAGGACGGGCCCCAAGAUGGACGGGAGCGGCGGCCGUGUCCGCCUAAAGGCGCACUACAGCGGGGACCUCCUCAUCACCAGCCUGGACUCCGCCACCACCUUCGAUGAGCUCUGCGCAGAGGUGCGGGAGAUGUGCCGGCUGCACCCGGGCCACCCGCUCACCCUUAAGUGGGUGGACAGUGAAGGUGACCCCUGCACUGUGUCCUCCCAGAUGGAGCUGGAGGAGGCCUUCCGCCUGUCCUGUCAGCACAAGGAUGAAGGGCUCACCCUCCACGUUUUCCCGAGCAUCCCCAAGGAGCCCGGCAUGCCCUGUCCAGGUGAAGACAAAUCCAUCUACCGCCGUGGAGCCAGAAGAUGGCGGAAGCUGUACCGCGCCAACGGCCACCUCUUCCAGGCCAAGCGCUUUAACAGGAGAGCGUACUGCGGCCAGUGCAGCGAGAGGAUAUGGGGCCUCGCGAGGCAGGGCUACAGGUGCAUCCACUGCAAACUACUGGUCCAUAAGCGCUGCUACGUGCUCGUCCCAUUGACCUGCAGCAGGCAUAUGGAUUCCGUCAUGCCUUCCCAGGAGCCUGCAGUGGAUGACAAGAGUGAUGACGUGGACCUUCCCUCCGAGGAGAGCGAUGGAAUUGCUUAUAUUUCUUCAACCCGGAAACAUGACAACAUUAAAGAUGAUUCUGAGGACCUCAAGCCAGUCAUCGACGGGAUGGACGGGAUCAAGAUAUCUCAGGGGCUCGGGCUGCAGGACUUCGACCUGAUCAGGGUCAUCGGGCGCGGGAGUUACGCCAAGGUCCUGCUGGUGCGGCUGAAGAAGAACGACCAGGUCUACGCCAUGAAGGUGGUAAAGAAGGAGCUGGUCCAUGACGAUGAGGAUAUUGACUGGGUACAGACAGAGAAGCACGUGUUUGAACAGGCAUCCAGCAACCCUUUCCUGGUCGGCUUACACUCCUGCUUCCAGACAACAAGUCGGUUGUUCCUGGUCAUCGAGUACGUCAACGGGGGCGACCUCAUGUUCCACAUGCAGAGGCAGAGGAAGCUGCCCGAGGAGCACGCCAGGUUCUAUGCUGCUGAGAUUUGUAUCGCACUCAACUUCCUACACGAGAGAGGGAUUAUCUACCGGGACCUGAAGCUGGACAAUGUCCUCCUUGACGCCGACGGCCACAUCAAACUGACAGACUAUGGCAUGUGCAAGGAAGGCCUGGGCCCUGGUGACACGACAAGCACUUUCUGCGGAACCCCGAACUACAUCGCCCCCGAAAUCCUGCGGGGAGAGGAGUAUGGGUUCAGUGUGGACUGGUGGGCGCUGGGUGUGCUGAUGUUCGAGAUGAUGGCAGGCCGCUCCCCCUUCGACAUCAUCACCGACAACCCCGACAUGAACACUGAAGACUACCUUUUCCAAGUCAUCCUGGAGAAGCCCAUCCGGAUCCCCCGGUUCCUCUCUGUCAAGGCCUCCCACGUGUUGAAAGGAUUUUUAAACAAGGACCCCAAGGAGAGGCUCGGCUGCCGGCCGCAGACUGGAUUUUCCGAUAUCAAGUCUCACGCCUUCUUCCGCAGUAUAGACUGGGACCUGCUGGGGAAGAAGCAGGCCCUCCCGCCCUUCCAGCCGCAGAUCACAGACGACUAUGGCCUGGACAACUUCGAUACGCAGUUCACCAGCGAGCCGGUGCAGCUGACCCCUGACGACGAGGACGUAAUCAAGAGGAUCGACCAGUCGGAGUUUGAAGGGUUCGAGUACAUCAACCCACUGCUGCUGUCCACCGAGGAGUCCGUGUGA